AACCACACAGCCCUCUGGAAAGCAGCGCCCGAGAGGUCUCAAAUUGAGCCCCCAGGAUCACAGCCGCUUCGUCCCAUCUUGCCCACGGGACUUGCCCAAAGCUGCGGAGACAGAACGGGGCUCGGAGGUCCCGGCUCCUCGGUGGUGCUCACAUGCGUCAGCUGGAGGAGGCUGGCAGAGGAGGGGAAGGAAGCCGCAAGACGAGACACGUCCCCAGGCCUCUCUGUGCCAUUUCGCCCACUCAGCAGCUGACUCCGAGGAAAAGCUGGGAUGUGCCCACCUCUGGGAUCAAAGUCUCCAGCCGCCACAUGGAGAGGUCGGGCUCUCAGUCGCUUCCCCUGUGUUGAAGCAAACGCGUGCGUAUCCUUUGUAAGAAAUUUGACUUCACGAUUUCCCCCCUGGAGACAUGCCUGCGGCUGGUGAAUGGCAGCCGUCCAUUCCUGACCUCCCUUCCCACACCUUGGGUGGCAGGCCGGGAGACGUUGGGUGCAGGGAGCCGGGGGCCGGGCUGCCUGUUUGCUCCGUGGCAUUUAACAGAUGCGCUCUGAGCCAAGGAAGAGGGAGAAUUCGGCUUUAAAAAAAAUCUCUGAAUCAUUAUGUCACGCACAAAGUAUGCGCAGAAUGUGCGUGCUGGGUUUACCUUCCCACUUCCCACACGCUGGGGCUGCGUCCUGCUCCCCACGGGCUCGGGGUCUGGUUUUCGUUACAUGAAAGCCCGCUUAGCUGGGGGCAGGAUUUCUUCUGCUCUCCAGUUCCCUGUCAAGCAGCACAAAGAGCCUGUAGCACGGAUCAGACGUGGAGCCCUGGCCCAGAUUCUCCGCGGUGCUUAGGUGCCCGGCUCCCCUGGAUCGAGGUUCUUCUCUAAGCGAUCACAGCUGCUACAGACGUCGCUGCCAGAGGCGCGCGCUGAGACGUCGUCCACUUUGGGAGACAACGGCUUGCGGGCCAGUUUAGGGAGGGGGAAACCCUGAGCCCCCCGUGGAAGAUGCUGUCCGGGAAGGUGGAGAAAAGGAUUGCCUCGUCCGUAUACAUCACCCUGGCCCCGCCAAAGCGGGAUGCGGCCAUCAAGGGAGGCAUUAGGCCGGAGGUUUGUCAGCCCAGCUCGGAGCCUCUCAGGGAGGCUGCAAAACCUGCGGGGACUCAGCCGCUCCAAGCGUCGCCCCCAAAGAAGUUGCCCACCAGCUGCCCUGCUGGCAAGCAGAAUGGGAGGACCCUGGGACACGCCGGGCCGUCUCCUGGCCGGGGGGGCUCGUCCAAUGGAGGCUUUUCCUCCUUUCCUCGCCCGGCUGAUGUCCCCACGGGCUCUGCCCCGAACCUCCCCCCGCCGCCUCCUCCUCCGCCGUGCCUUCUCGCAGACGCGCCGCACGCCCGGCCGGCAGAGACCCUCAUCCCCGACCUGCAGAAGCUGGACAUGGCCUCCCCCAGGCCUCUGCAGCAGGCCUCAACCGUGUUCCCAGCAGAGCAGAGGCAGCACCACAGCCAGCCGAGCAGCCUGGCGCAAGCCCGGGAGCAGCAGGAACCAAAGGAGGGUGUGAACGGGCACCUGGACAGAGACGUCUCCAGAGACGUCUGCGCCUUUUGCCACAAAGCCAUAUCCACCCGGGCGCCGGCCAUCGAGGCCAUGCGGAAGCAGUACCAUGCGGACUGCUUCACCUGCCGCGUCUGCCACUGCCGGCUGGCGGGCCAGCGCUACUACCAGAGAGACGGCCGCCCAAUGUGCGACUCCUGCUACCAGGACACCCUGGAGAAAUGUGCCAAGUGCCAGGCUGUGAUCCUCAAGCACAUCGUCCGAGCCCUGGGGAACGGGUACCACCCGGCGUGCUUCACCUGCGUCGUGUGUGGCCGGGGCAUCGGGGAUGAGAGCUUUGCAGUGGACGAUCAGGACCAGGUGCACUGCGUCGAUGACUUCUACAGGAAAUAUGCCUCCGUAUGCAGUGCCUGCGAGGAGCCCAUCAUCCCGAACGAGGGCAGAGACGUCUACAAGAUCGAGUGCCUGGGGCGAAACUUCCACGAGGCCUGCUACCGCUGCGAGAACUGCAGGAUUGCCCUGUCCCCGGAGCCGACCGAGAGUGGCUGGGGUGGCUGCUCCCCACUGGACAGCCACAUCCUCUGCAAGGCCUGUCACCUCAGCCAGAAGAACGAGUCGUCCUGCUAAGGGACCGGGGCGGGCGUCUCUGGAGAACUGCGGAUGCCGUCACACAGCAGAGGCGAGCCAUCGUAGUAUGUUAAAGCGUGUCCGUGUUCUUCCCUUCUCUGUUCGCUCGUGUCCUGCCCUGUCCUGAUGGUCUCUGUUGUCAUGGUAGGACUGUGCUAAUUCCCUGCUUCUGGUUUGGCCAUGAGAGGUGGCGGAGGGCUGCCUCCCUCCAUCCCUAUGGCUCCUUCUGCCCUGCACCGGCUCCAGGUCCCACGUCAAACAGCUCUCAGUACCUGCUAUGAGAUGCCAGAGACUGCAGUCAAACUCCUGGCCUGCUAAACUAACUCGCUUGCUGCCUUACCAUCAUGGAGGAUCUUCCCAGUGGAGUUUGCAGGAGAGCUCCCCACUCUGGGUGUUAGUAGGAACACAAGCAACGAGAUCGUGAUACUAACACUGGGUGAAAGCCAGCCUUGCGCUGUGGCCAACACCCCUCCGACGAGGACGGCAGCAGGAUGGAGGUGAUGGACUCGAGUGGGGCUGGCUUCAAACCCAGGAGGGCAUCUUCCCCUUCCCCGACAGCAGGUAACACUCGUUGUCUUCUGGCUUCCUGAAGCCUCCGCCUGAGUCCCGACUCAGCACGGUACCACGGAUGUUGCAAAGGAAGAGCAUUGCAUCCCGAAAAUGAGACUGGUCCAGCAGCAGCUCAAGGCCUGAUCCUUCUGGCCGGACUCGAGGGAGUAAGGGCCAUAGGAGCAGAUCCCAUCUUCCAUCGUUCCUCAGCGACUGUGACGAAAUGGAGCUGCUUGCUCCAGUGGAGGAGGCCUGAACAUGGGGCUGCGGGAAACCGGGUUUUGCAUGACUCUGAUGACAAACUCCAAGUGCUGUUGUGUGUCUUGCACAUCUCUGCAGAAUUAAGCCUUUUCCAGGGGCUUCAAGCCACAGGAGACCAGCUGAUGUGCUACCCAUGUAUUAAAACAUGGGGUCCCCCCAAUGCACCCUUCUCCCCAGUCUGUGAAUUUGAGGUCUGGUGAGGAAGGGACUGGGGAAGCUGGUACUGUAUUUUGAUUUCAGUGGAAGAAGCAGUUUCAAACUGUACCGGGUGAGGCAGAAGCAUCACUAGACAAACAAGCCUCCACUAAACUUGGUGGUAUAGGAGGCAGUGUUGGGAUAGUGGAUAGAGCACUGGCCUGGGACUCAGGAGACUGGGCUUGGCCACUUGCCUGCUAGAUGAAAUUGUCCUUUGUGCCUCAAUUUCCAUGGCUGUAAAACGGGGAUAAUGUCCUGACCCACCCACCCUUCACUUUGUGUGAAGCGCUUUGUAGCGUGAUGGAGGGAGUUGUCGCAGGUCGGUGCUGGGGGUGGUUGAAGAGGUGGCUGCAACCCAUAUGGCACAAGCGCAGAGUUGUUUGAAACAGGCUGAGGAGGGAAGGCAGUGGGAGCUUUGAGGAUUAUCUGGCAGUGUGAUCCAGCCCACGGCAAAGGCAGCUUGUCAGCAAUUAUUUUUUACAAGCAUCUGCAGAGAGGCGGGGUUCCAGCAGCAGAUGGGAAGCUGGCCGCCCCCUCCGCCUGCGGCCGGGCGCUGGUAAGAGUGCUAGCACUAUCGGAGAAGGCAUCCGAGCGAGAGGAAGCAUCUUGGCCUCGCUGCUUGUGGCCCAGCCUGUCCCCACCCUUUGGGCACUGAUUUGUGCUGCCUGCUUCAGGCUAAGGGUGCUGAGGCCACUGUGCCUGCCAGGAACCACAGGAAGGGAAUCGAGCAACCUCGGCCUGUGUCCACACCAGUUGGUCUCCCCCUGUCCACACCAUGCUCCCCAGGAAGAUGGACCGUGGGCUCGAGGCUUUGCUGAUCUCUUUGAGUAAAUCGCACUGAUACUUCAGCCCGCACGCACCUCCACGGGAAAUGAAACACUCCAGAUGCAAAAUGACGUCCGAGGUUGCAUCCCUCCAGGCCAGGGGAAGCCCUGAAGAGCCGCUCAUUUAAGGCAGGCAAAAGUUCAGGCCCCUGAAAGCAGGUGCACAUCCUUAUUCCCUGUGGAAGUUGGUAUUCCUUGUGUACUCAAAGCUUCAUCUGCAAAGAAGACGGCACAAGGAGCCUGUGCCUUUCAUGUCAGCCAAACGCUCAGAGCACGAGCACUUGCUUAUCUUUGUGCUGGA